AUGUCUCAACCAAACUCGCCUAGAGGUGUAAUUGAUGAUUUCAACCAACCAAUGAUGGAAAGGACAAGAGCCGUAGCACCGACGCCAGGAUCGGCUAUAGUCUUACCCAAUUUAGGGGAUUCGUUUUCAGUCAAAGGAUACUACCUUAAGCUAAUUCAGGAUAACCAGUUCAACGGCCGAGCAAAUUCCGACCCUCACAAGCAUGUGAGCAAGUUCACUCGUUUAUGCAAGAUGUUCAAGUAUGGAGGAGACGUCACCGAUGACGAUGUGAAACUUAGCUUAUUUCCGUCGUCUCUCACCGGAGAGGCUCGUGCUUGGUUCGAUGAGCUCGAUGAAGGUAUCAUCACCACAUGGAAUCAACUUCGCGAGGAGUUUGUUUCGCGAUUCUUUCCCCCGAGUUUAGCUAGGAAAAUGCUUCGAGACAUCAAAGCUUUCAAGCAAGACGAAGGAGAAUCACUAGUUGUUGCAUGGAAAAGGCUUAGGGAGAUGAUCAGAAACUGUCACGGGAAUGGACUUAGCAAGGAUGAGAUCAUGGAAAUCUUUUUCUAUGGUUUAACAAAGAAUUCCCAAAAGGAUUUAGACCUAGCCGGCGGUGGUAACUUUUUGUACAAGACUACUAAUGCCGCGUACAAAACGAUGGAGGAUAUGGUGCAAGCAAGCUUAGCUCGAGACGUGGACGAUAAGGAUCGAGAUAGAAAGCCGAGAAGAACCGUGGCUAGCAUCGAGAACAGCUCCGACAAUGAGGUAAUCCAUGAACUUAAAGCUUUAUCUAACCGUUUUUCUACUUUUGAAGAUAGGUUGAAUAUUAUGGACAAGGACCUCAAGGUGAUUGCACACGGGUGCAACAAAUGCGGAGAAAUGCACUAUACCGAAGAUUGUGAAGAGGAGACCACCGAGCAAGUCAAUUUUGUCCAAAACCAAUACCGAGGAGGCUUUCAACGGGGACUAUUUCAAAGAAAUCUCGGUAAUUCUAACUAUAAUGCAAAUUAUUCUAGAAAUAACUUUGGUUCUUUUCAAAAUAGGUGGCAAAGGAGUAAUGGUCAACCCGAGCAACCAAAGGUGGAAAAUGAAGUCAAGGAGGACCCUAUUGCCAAGCUUACAAAUAUGAUGGAGAAGUACAUGGACAUGAAUGACAAAAGGCAUGACUCUUUGGCAAGUUACACGAAGUCGCUCAAUGAGAAAAUAAGCAAUCUCAAUCAAAAGGUUGACGAAGGAGCAAGGAAUCAACAAGCCACGAUCAAGGAACUAGAAAGAAGGAUAGAUAGAUGGAUUGAGCAGAAUACAAGGAAGGAGAGCAGUCCUAUGCCAAGGUCGAUCUUGCAAGGAAGCUCAAGCUCAAACCCUAGUUCAAGUCAAAAGUACCAACCCCCAAUCGGACGGAACGAGAAUGUGAACGCCGUGUUCACCGAAGGUAAUAACUCUAUUGUAAUUUCUAAUGAUUCUUGUGAAAGUUCCAAUCAGGUACAGGUCAUACAGAAGCAAAAUGAAGAUGAAACGGACAAAAAGGCAAUUCUGGAAUCUGUCCAGAACCCACCAGCGCCGUUGGAAGUAUUCCCCAGCGCCGCUGGUAACCCUACAAGUAACAACCAGCGCAACUGGUGA